CAGGGCCCCGUCAGCCGCCAAUCGCCCCGCCGAAAACACCAAAAAAUCGAAAUCUCAACUCCGGCAGCAGCAGCCCCAACUUCACCACGGCAGCCCUCCCCUCUGCCUUGGUUCAGUUUCCCCCCUUUCCGCUUCCCACCACGCCGCCGCCGACCCCCCCCCUCCGCAGCACCAUGCCUCUCGACACGUCCGCCUACUCGCUGGCGCUGCUGCGCGUCGACGGCCGCCGCUGGAACGAGCUGCGCCGCCUCCACGCCCAGAUCCGCACCCAGGAUGCCGCCGACGGCUCCUCGUACCUCGAGAUGGGCCACACAAAGGUCAUGUGCGUCGUCACGGGGCCGUCUGAGCAGAGCCAGCAGCAGCAGCAACGCCGCGGCGGCCAGCAGACCCAGCGCGACGCCGCCUCCAUCAACGUCAACGUCGUCAUUGCCGGCUUCUCCAGCGUCGACCGCAAGAAGCGCGGCCGCAACGACAAGCGCAUCCAGGAAAUCGAAAUCACCAUUGCCAAGACGCUCGCGUCUGCCGUCCACACCCAUCUCUUCCCCCACUCCUCUAUAACAAUUUCCCUCCACGUCCUGUCCCAGGACGGCUCCCUCCUCGCCGCCCUUCUCAACGCCGCCACGCUCGCCAUCGUCGACGCCGGCAUCCCCAUGACCGACUACAUCGCCGCCUGCACCGCUGGAUCCACCUCGACACACGCCGCGGGUGACGAUGCCGCCGACCCCCUGCUCGACCUCAAUAACCAGGAGGAGCAGGAGCUGCCCUUCCUGACUGUUGCCACGCUUGGAGAUGGAGACCGCGUUGCUGUCCUCGUCUGCGAGAGCAGGGUUCAGGUCAGCCGCCUCGAGGGCAUGCUCGUCGUUGGCAUCGAUGGCUGCAAGCAGGUCCGCAAGUUGCUCGACCGCACGGUCAAGGAGAAGGGUGUCAAGAUGAUUCGCGAGGGCGCCGUCCAGCGCAGCGACGCCAUGGCCAUGGACUUGGACGGCUAGACGUGUGCAGCCGCAUAGCACCAGCACAUAUUCGCAUUCCGCCUUGCAAACAUUCCUGCCAGGUUCGUUCUCCAUUACUACAUAGAAGGCUCCUCGUGCACGAUGGAGUGCGUGGCCUCGGGGGCCUCGGUCUCCUUUCCUGGCUCGGAGUCCGCGGUGUGCGUCUCGCUAGUCUGAGAAGAGCCCGAGGGCGUCUCGGCCUUGACCUCGUCCACGACAAUCUCCUUGGGCAGCUUGUUCUUGGCGCCCUCGCCCAUGCGAAUCAUGUCGAUCCAGCCCUCGACACUCUCGAUGCCGAAGUCACCCUCGUACCGUCGCCACCACCCACGACGCGCAUUGAUCGCAACUAGCUCCACAUCGCCAGAAAGCUCGAGUGCGGUCUUCAGCGCCGAUGCGCCCUCGACGUUGGCGGGGACAGCAAAGAGGGGGAAGAGGUUCCGGUGGCCAUGGAUAUACUUGGUGUUGAGGUGUGAGAGCGACGCCACUGCCUUGUCGCCAUUGCUGGAUGCCUCGGAUGGAACCAGGGCAAGGACGCAGGUGUGCGACUUGGCCAUGAGACACUUCUCCACCAACAUGUUCGCGUCAGUAAGGGUGGGAAUGGCAAUAUUGUCCGGCGUCGGAGUGGCGCUCGCGGUGGUCGUGGCAGUGGACGCCGUGAGGUCCUCCUCAGGAUCGGCCUCUUUGGAGGGCUCUGGCUUCGACUCUGGCUUCGACUUGGUGUCUUUCUUGUCCUUCUUGUCCUUCUUGUC